AUAGGUAUUCAUUUCUUCAGAUGACAGAUCAUGCCCGGGAGAUAAACAAAAGAUGAACAUGAGGAUCAACUCCUAAAUUUGCUCAUGUUGAUAUGACCAGCGGGACGUGACUAUUCAUCACACCGGGAAAAGCAAUUUGCAUGCCCCACGCAGCUGCAAGAGACAGACGAGCCAGACCUCCGGUUGGGAGCGCCUCUCAAGUUUUUGAAGGAAGCCCAAAGAUAAUAUGCAAGAUCUCGCGAAGAUUCCUCACUGUCUCAAUUUUGCCCACCACCGGUUCCCUACUCCGGCCGUCCGCCGUCCUUGCGCCGCGAUUCCGGCCCCACCCCGACUUCACCCCGCAGCUCCGUCAAGCCGCCACCGACUAUAAUGACAGCAACCCCGAACAUUACAGGUCUCGCCGGGGUUUGAAUAUACAAACGAUCUCUUCAAAUUCGUCGGGGCUGCGGCAUGUCUUUAGCGCGGAGCAAGCUCGUGACGAGGCACGCCGUGGAAUCCGAAAAUGUGCUUCAAAUCCGCUCCCCUUGUGUUCAAGUUCCGGGGCAAGAUUUUGGUAUCGUUGGGGGAGCUGCCUGCACUGUCCGAGGACCGCCAUUUGGAGCCUGACACGGCGCUGGAUCCAGCCGAUACCAAGGUCUGGAUGAACAGGGAUAAGGGAAGGAUGAACCUUUCUUGGUGAUGGUUAAUGCAGAUAUGUCGGAAUACGUGAAGGGGCUGAACGCCCCGAAUGCAAAUUGGUUUCAGGACAAGUUCGAGGCCCUGCUGUCCCCCUGCUCAGGUUUUGUCCUAAUUCAGCCGGUUAAGUUUGAGGAAACGGAUGUUGGUGCAUCAACAUUGCUCGUCUCGAAACCCUUGAAAGCGAUUCUACCUUGGCGCAAGGAAGACGAUGACGGCUGUGUUGUAGUUCUCGCUUUCAGGGAAGACUUCGUUUUGUACCGGUACGAGAACGGCGAGAUGGCAGUCAGGAGUCACGGCAACUGGCUUCCUGAC